CAACAUCACCACCACCGUCUGCCGAACCAACAACCGCCGAACAAGAUGCCACGCUUCAGCGGUUCGCCGGCUGAUGACGAUGAGGACAACGACCUCGGACCUGCCAGCGUGGUCGGCCAACCCGGGAUGCCUGAACCUGCACUUCGUCCGAAAGGACCGAAGCUCAAAUUCACACCCGAAGACGACGCACUACUGGUGGAACUCAAGGAGACAAAGAACCUCACCUGGAAACAAAUCGCGGACUUCUUCCCUGGUCGAAGUUCCGGAACAUUACAGGUCAGGUACUGUACGAAGCUGAAGGCCAAGACCACCAUCUGGACAGAUGAUAUGGUCCUCAAGCUUCGCACUGCAAUCCAAGAGUACGAUAAUGAUCGCUGGCGCAUCAUUUCUACCAAGGUCGGCAACGGCUUCUCGGCCGGUGCUUGCCGCGAAAAGGCACUCGACCUGGAAGUCGAGGAC